UCUGGUUACUGAAGCGUCUCUCUUUCUCUCUGCCCCUUCUCUCUAUAACAGGCAACCCUUACAGAUAUCCAUCGGGCUGCUCUCUUUCCGUCCAUCUCCUGUCAUGGCAGAUCCCUACACUAAUUUCUCCAGAGGAUUCUACAACCACUACCCUUUCACCUCCACCCCACCUCCGCCACCAGUUGCCACUCAGUCCUACAGCUUCAUCACGCACAGCUACACCAGCUCCUUCCUCCCAAGGCAUCCUCCUUCCCCUCCUCUUAGGGAGGCGCUCCCUCUCCUCAGCCUCAGCCCCACAAGGCACCGAGAGGAGGAGGAGGAGGAGGAGGAGGAAGAGGAGGAGGACACCUCGUGCAGUGCCUCCGCCGAAGGGGCCAAGAACAAAGCCGCACGUAUCGAGGAUGAAGCCGACGAUGAAGUCGAUGCGGUGACUGUGGCCCUCCACAUAGGCCUCCCAAGCCCCGGUGCAGUCGAUCUGAUAUCAAGACUCCCCUCAACCUCGGAAGAUCAUAGUGCGGAGAAGGAAACCGAAGGUGGUGAUGAUGUGGUUCCUAUAGGCUACCCUUCCAAUCCCAUAGGAAGGCUCAACAAAGGCCAGUACUGGAUUCCUACUCCUUCUCAAAUCCUUAUUGGACCUACCCAGUUCUCUUGCCCUGUCUGCUACAAGACUUUUAAUCGAUACAACAACAUGCAGAUGCAUAUGUGGGGGCAUGGAUCACAGUAUAGGAAGGGGCCAGAGUCUCUCAGAGGCAUCCAACCGACGGCAAUGCUAAGGCUACCCUGCUAUUGCUGUGCUCCCGGCUGCAGGAACAACAUAGACCAUCCAAGAUCAAAGCCACUGAAGGACUUCAGGACCCUCCAAACUCACUAUAAAAGGAAGCAUGGAAUCAAGCCCUUCAUGUGCCGCAAGUGCGGUAAGGCCUUUGCGGUGAAGGGAGAUUGGAGAACCCACGAGAAGAACUGUGGCAAACUGUGGUACUGCAUCUGCGGCUCCGACUUCAAGCACAAGAGAUCGCUGAAGGAUCACAUCAAAGCCUUUGGGCGUGGGCACGCUGCGUAUGGCAUCAACUGCCUGGAGGAGGAAGAUGAUCCAUCAUCAGAGAUCGAACAAGACUGCCAUCAACCACACGAGCAAAGGUGAUAUAUGGCCAGACCUUUAGCUGAUCCCCCCGGCCUUCACUAUCCGGUUCAUAAUGUUUCUUCUUUCUAUCUCUUGGUUAUGGUUAUGUCCGUGCCAUGCCAAGUUAGAAGCUCCAUGUGGGCUAAGGUCCUGUAAAGGAGCUUCUCCUUUGUAAUGAAGUGAUCAAGUCAUAGGUUGCUAUGUUCUGAGGCACCGAUGAGCUGCCUCUUUGUGUUCCUUGUUCUGGGAAACAUGUAUCUCCAUCCGUGUUGCUUUAUUAUGUCUUCUCCUGAUUCAGUUUA